AUGGACCUUAAAAAAAAACAUCUGAGACCCACUGGGAAGAAAUCUCACUGCUGCUCUGACUGUGGGAAACGUUGCAGGUUUACAUCAGAACUUAAAAUACACCAGCGAGUACACACAGGAGAGAAACCUUAUAGCUGUGAUCAAUGUGGGAAGAGUUUUACUCAGUCAAGCUACCUGAUAGUACAUCUGAGAAGACACACAGGAGAGAAAUCUUAUAGCUGUGAUCAAUGUGGGAAGAGUUUUGGUACAUCUGUGUAUCUGAUGAUACACCAGAGAACACACACAGGAGAGAAACCUUAUGGCUGUAAUCAAUGUGGGAAGAGUUUUACUCAGUCAAGCGGCCUGGUAGUACACCAGAGAACACACACAGGAGAGAAACCGUAUAGCUGUACUCAAUGUGGGAAGAGUUUUACUCAGUCAGGCAGCCUGGUAUCACACCAGAGAAGACACAUAGGAGAGAAACCUUAUAGCUGUACUCAAUGUGGGAAGAGUUUUACUCAGUCAAGCGCGCUGAUAGGGCACCAGAGAACACACACAGGAGAGAAAUCUUACCACUGUACUGACUGCAGAAAGAGUUUUGUUAGGUUAAGAUAUUUAAAAUCACACCAGAGAACACACACAACACAGGAGAGAAACUAUAUAGCAGGAGAUAAAUGAUAUAGCUGUACUCAAUGUGGGAAGAGUUUUAUGCAGUCAAGUGGCCUUAUAGUACAUCUGAGAACUCACACAGGAGAGAAGACGUAUAGCUGUGAUCAUGUGACAAGAGAUACUCUGAUAAAAUAUCUCUGAUCAAACAUCAGAAAAUACAUACAUGAAGGAGUUGUUUCAUGAUAUCAAUGAAAUAAUGUCACAAUGUAGAAUAUUUAAACAUUGUAGUAGGACUAUUUUAAUUAAUAUCACAAUGUAGAACCCUAAACGUUUCCCCCUGUUCAAUUUAUUUCAGCAUGAUAUGGAUAUUAGCCUCUGGGAAAAAUCCAGGCUCUGAAUUGAAAGAGUAUUUAUGUGAUUUAACAAAAAGUGAAAAAAAAAAAAAGUUGUGUUACACUUACCUUGUUGGCAACCCACUUGAAUCAAAAGUUGUGUUCCACGUUAAUCAAAAUGUAGCUAGCUGUUUUCUACAAAUUGUCCUCUGACCAGUGAUGUACACAUUAUUCCCAGAUUCCAUGUGGUGUUUGAGCUAUUCGUUUUAACAGGAUGUGCAACCACAUCUCCCCCCUCUUGCGCAAUUGAUUUCAACAUGAUAUCGAUGAAA